AUGAGCAAAGUUAGCGGUUCUGCCGUCAGAGAAGUGAUCAAGCAGAUCAUGGCCGAUUCUGAGGCCAAGAAGCGUAACUUCACCGAAACCAUCGAACUUCAGAUUGGUUUGAAGAACUACGAUCCCCAGCGUGAUAAGCGUUUCUCGGGUACCAUCAAGCUUCCCAACAUUGCUCGUCCCAACAUGUCUGUGUGCAUUUUGGGUGAUGCUUUCCACUGUGACCAGGCCAAGGCCAUUGGUAUGGAAUUCCAGUCCGUCGAUGACUUGAAGAAGCUCAACAAGAACAAGAAGUUGAUCAAGAAGCUUGCCAAGAAGUAUGAUGCUUUCCUUGCUUCGGAAGCUCUUAUCAAGCAGAUUCCUCGUCUCUUGGGUCCCGGUCUUCACAAGGUCGGCAAGUUCCCUACCCCUGUGUCUCACAACGACGACUUGACCGCCAAGGCCAACGACAUCCGUGCCACCAUCAAGUUCCAGUUGAAGAAGGUCCUCUGUUUGGGUGUGGCCGUUGGUCACAUUGCCAUGUCCGAAGACGAACUUGUUGCCAACAUCAUGUUGUCUAUCAACUUCUUGGUCUCCUUGCUCAAGAAGCACUGGCAGAACGUCAAGUCGCUGUACCUCAAGUCCACCAUGGGCAAGCCUCACCGUUUGUUCUAA